AUGAAUUUCGAUGCUGGAGGUCCAUCAUAUUUAUCAAGUCAUUCUUUUCUUACUUCAAAAAUGAAUUUCGAUGCUGGAGGUCCAUCAUAUUUAUCAUCAUCUUCAUCUUCGGAUGAUGAUAAUUUUCUGUCCAAUAUCAUUACAGAGAUUGAUAAAACCGAAGAAGUAAUUUGUGAGUACAUCAACAACAACAUGAUCCUCGCUAACAAUUUACGCCAACAAAACUACCAACCGAUCCAUGAUGGCUCGAUUCCCGAUCAUGCAUUGAUCAACCGCGAUCGAGAAACUACGCAUCAGAAUUUGGUCAUAGAUUACUUUACCGAUAAUCCAAGUUUUAGAGAAGAUAUGUUUCGUCGUCGAUAUCGGAUGUCAAGAAGUUUGUUCCUUCGUAUUGUUAAUGCAGUGAAAGAUCAUGACUAUUACUUCCAACAACGAAGUGAUAGACUUGGUAGAAUGGGAUUAUCACCGUUACAGAAAGUAACAGCUGUUUUUCGCAUGUUGGCAUACGGUCGUAGAAUGGGAUUAUCACCGUUACAGAAAGUAACAGCUGUUUUUCGCAUGUUGGCAUACGGUCUACCAGCAAAUUCUACGGACGAAUACAUUAAAAUAGGUGAGUCAACAGCAAUUAAAAGUACGAUAAAAUUUUAUCAUGCUAUGAUGGAGAUAUUCGUAGAGUGGUAUCUACGAAAACCUAAUGCUAAUGAUAUUGCUAGGCUACUCCAUAUUGGUAAAAAAUGUGGUUUUCCAAGAAUGUUAGGAAGUCUUGAUUGCACCAAUAAUGAUAUCAAUGUGCUGGAAUCAUCUAAUCUUUUCUCUAAUCUAGCUCAAGGUAUUUCUCCUCCCACUCACUAUGUUAUUCAAGGAAAAGAGUAUAAUAUGGGUUAUUAUUUAGCUGAUGGUAUAUAUCCAAAAUGGACUACUAUUGUACAAACAAUCCAACAGCCACAAGGAUCAACACGUUUUUGGAAAAAACAUGUAUUACAUGACAUAAUGACUGCAUGCAUUAUUAUACAUAAUAUGAUAAUCGAGGAUAAACGUGAUCUUUAUGCACCAAUUCAAGAAGUGAGGGAAGUACCAACACCAGAAGGUGAUAUUAUAGCAGAUGAAACUACAAGAUUUAAUCAAUUUAUUGCACGUUACAGAAAAAUCAAGGAUAAAGAUGCCCAUAUUGCGCUUAGUAAUGCAUUGAUAGAUCAUCUAUGGGAAGAAUACACUAAUUCAGAUAGCUAA